UAGAGUUAUUCCAGGAAUGCGUUGAACAUGGCUGCCGCGAUGAAGGCGCAGAAAACGGGGCUGCUGGAGCUCCGAGUGACCGUGGACCGCUGGAUCCGGGUGCUGGCCACGCUCACUGAGGACUCGCUGACGGUGAACCCGGGCGAGGGCGCCGCGGAGCCGGCCAAGCCCAGCCCGAGCCCCGCCGGCGCUGUCAACGGGGACCCGCCGAACCUCGGCUCGUCCCCGGUCCCGGAAACCAUCACCAACGUGAAGCGCACCGUGCGAGUCACCAAGCAGGAUGUGGGAGGACUGGGAAUCAGUAUUAAGGGAGGAAAGGAAAACAAGAUGCCGAUCCUCAUCUCCAAGAUUUUUAAAGGUCUGGCUGCUGACCAGACCGAAGCACUUUAUGUUGGUGAUGCCAUACUGUCUGUCAACGGUUAUGACUUACGGGAGGCUACACAUGAUGAGGCUGUACAAGCACUGAAAAAAACUGGCAAAGAAGUCAUCCUUGAAGUGAAGUACAUCAAGGAGAUGUCGGCCUUCUUUAAAAGCAGCGGUUCCCCCGGAGCAGGCCUCCCGUGGGAUUCUCCCCCUUCGACACCUCAGAGGGGCACUGAGCUCUCCCAUGUGGAGGUGAAAGAGCCUCGCAGCAUCCCGCUGAAGAUAUGCCAGGUGUCACGGAAACAAUGCCCCCCAGACACAGAAAACAGGUACUUUGAGGUGAUUUCCUUCAACAGAAAGAACUCCAUGUUCCUGCGGGCGAAGGACCCGGCCAUGGCCCAGUCCUGGUACAACGCCAUCCAGGCCGGCGCCGCCAGCCUUGUGCCACACGUGAAGGAGGAGAUGAAGAGCAUGCAGCCGGGCAUGGAGGUCAAACAUCUGGGCUGGCUCACAGAGCAGGUGUCUCAUGGUCCAGAGAGAACUGUACUGGCAGUGUUGACUGACAAGGACCUGCUCCUGUAUCCCUCCUACCCGGAAAGCAAGCACAGCAUCAGCAGCCCCACCAAGAGUUAUCCGCUCAUCACCACCAGACUGGUCCACUCCGGUCCGGGAAAAACCUCGCCCCUCCUGGACUCGGAGCUGUCUUUCGGCCUGCGCUCAGGCACCAAGCAAGGGGUGGAGACUCAUGUGUUCAGGGUGGAUUCUGCAAAGGAUCUGUCCACAUGGACUCAUCUGCUUGUCGAGGGUUGUCACAAUGCCGCUGAGCUCAUCAAGGAGGUCACCACGGCCUGCAGUUGGAAUGGGAAAGAGUGCACCCUGGGAGUGCACAUCGAUGAGGGUUUUACGCUAUACACAGAAGAAAUGGGCGUCAGGAAAAGUAUUCUCCUCCAGCAGCCGUUCGAGCGCCUCCGGAUGUCCUCAGACGAUGGAGUUCGUAUGAUGUUCCUUGACUUUGGAGGCCCUGAGGCUGAAAUUCAACUGGACCUUCACUGCUGCCCCAAGACCCUCGUGUUCAUCAUCCACUCGUUCCUGUCUGCAAAGGUCAAGCGACUCGGCCUGCUGGCGUGAUGACCCCCAGCCGCCCAGAGCAUCUCUAUAGGAAUAUUCAAGGAGACAUUCAGGAUUCUUGAGGUUGGAGCCCAAGAAAUGGUGCUUGACAAGGCCCUUCUCUGCAGCUUUUCCUCGUCCUCUAAAACCCCACCAUCUCUGCUCAGACACCACGUGGUCUUACUUGUGAAGUGAAUAGCUACACGAUGGACGUUUGUUGAAUUUUGUAGUUGUGAGGUGAAAAGAUGUUUUUGCAGUUCGGUAGCCACCCGAGGGGUCUGACAUCUGUCAAAGCUGUCCGAGUAGGCCACGACACGUUUAUGAUAGCAAACUGUACCGAGUGUUUCUGAGCUUGGAGCCCUAACAGUUUCUUCCCUUUUUUUUUUCACCCAUUUAGUUCAGUUUGUUUUCAUGAGUCACAGCAGGCCUUUGUCAUCCUUUCAUCUUUCAAUCUCUGCUGUCUGCGCUGUAUGCAGACAAAACACAACGGAUGUCCUGAUUGAUGUUGGACUAACUUUUUUUUUUUUUUCUACAUGAAAACAGCUUCGGUGGAGUGACGGGACAACAUGACUGAUCCCUACACAAUCAAUCAUCCGUACUGAACAAUGUGCCGUUACAAUAACGUGCUGUCUAUGAAGACAGCGCGGUUGUAGUCGCUCUGUAAGCAACAGGAUUCUUUUAAGAUGACAUACAUGCAUUUUUCAUCGUGGCUACACACCCUUAUUUUAAUAAAAAUUCUUGUUUGAAAUAUAUUCAUAAUCUUUGGCCUAACAAAAAGAAUAACAGAAUUAUAAAAUAACCCUUAUUAUUGCGGUGUACUAGCAGUAAAUUAGAUGAAACAUUCAUAAUAAAAAGAUCAACACUUCGGUGAUAAACAUACGACGGAGUAUUAGGGCCAAACUAAGACAAAAAAAAAAAUGGAAAUUACGAAAAUAAAGUCAUAAUAAUAUGAAAAUAAAGUCGUAAAAUUACCAGAAUAAAGUCAUAAUGUUGUGAGAAUAAAGUCGUAAUAUUACGAGAAUAAAGUCGUAAUAUUACGAGAAUAAAGUCGUAAUAUUAAAUAUAUUAUAAAUACAUAAAUAUAACUUCACAAGAUGCUCAAUAUUCCUCAUUUUAACACAGGGAGAAGAUGCUCUUCCUCUUAGAGUUCUCAUAAAUUAACACUUUAUUCUCGUAAUAUUACGACUUUAUUCUCAUAAAUUACCACUUUAUUCUUGUAAUGUUACGACUUUAUUCUCGUAAUGU